UGAGGACCAGCAGGUGUUUUUGGCUGCAUGCUCAGGUGAACUGGAUUAUCAUCGUGCGGUAAUGCCGGGCCAGGCUAGGCUCCCCCGCGCACCUGCCCUGUCUCAAGAUCUGUCGUAAUUACGUUUGGAAGGUUUUAGGAGUUUUUUCACAUUUACCUGAGAAAAUCCGACUCAGCAAAUUCGAUUUAAAAUGACCUUAUUUAAACAGGGUUCUCAGCAUCAAGAGCAGAUUCAAACGCAGUACGAGGUCGGCGUCCAGGCUAAUGUAUUUGGUAACAUGUGUGAGAGCAGUCCAAUACUGAUGCCGGGACAACAGGUGCAACAUCCGGCCAUGCUGGGAUUGUCUGCCUUUGAACAAGCGGAAGUAGUUUUGACCGGAUACAGAGACUGCGCAGCGGAAGCUAUACGCUAUCUGGUGGAGGAGGAACGCUUUGCAAUGGACGACCCGUUAGUGAUAGGGCUACGCAAACAUUUAUACGAGCAGCAACGAGCUCUAAAUAUACACAGGAUUCUCUCCAACUUAGAGAACAAUCCGUAUUAUGACGAUGAGAUAGACAAUACCUACCUUGAUGAUUCAGGGAUAGGAGAGACCUCUAUUGGGGGAAAUGACUCAAGCAUGGAGGGUUCCACUCCUAGUGAAACCGACUCAGAUUUUCUGCCGAGUGGAAACAUUAGCAAUGUGACACCUGAAGUUGAUCGUGACGCCAUUGUGUCACUUGCAGAGGAAAUUCUGUCUCUUAUAGAACUCGGCGAGGAACCGGAAGAGGAUACGGACGGGUGUCCACCAGUAGAUACUGACGAUUACUUGAUGCAAUAAAGACUGACAAAUAUUGAUGUAAUGAGUUGAUUUUACAUCCACAAUUAUUGUGUACUUUCUUGGAUAAAGUCUCGAUCCUGCAUCUUCAACUCCCGUAUUAUGAACAUUGAUUUUCACCAAUCAACGUCAAAUUGUCACUUCAACAUUAACUCUCUGCGUCUGCAGAAACUCUCGUUACGUAUGCAGAAACUCUCGUAACGUAUGCAUCCAUUUUUGUUACGUCGACACGUUUCGUCGGAAUAUAAUGUCGUAACGUUGCAAUAACUCAUAAUUUUCAGUCAUAUCAAGCAAGAAAUAUCCCUCCAUCAACAGAAACUCUCGCCAUUUUGUUGUUUUGAGAUAUUAAACAGCGUGUUUUUAGCUAUUCAGUGACGCACACUUUGUGUGGUAGCCCAGUGAUUACGUCAUCUGCAUUAACCUAUAACAUUAUAUUAACAUCUCUAUAACAGUAUUACUGGAUUCCGCCGCCAAAUUGCUGAGGUUUAACUGAUAUUUGGAGUACCCAGUCUCUUUGGGUUCCUAUCAUAUUAAUUGCUUUCUGUGUUCAGGUUUUACGCCAUGUAUAUUUAUAUACCGUGUAUGUUUAUCUUAUUUAAUAUUUACAUUUUUUUCAGUUGUUGUUCCUUUUUUAUAAUUUUUCUUUUUAUAGUUUAUAUUUAAUAAAAUCUUCGUGAAAUAA